AUGAAAUUACAAAAAUGGACUUUUCAAGUGACUUACGACGAUUACAACAACAACAACCGCGACAACAACCACAACAACCAAUACGUCAAUAAUAAUAAUAAUAAUAGGAAUACGUCACCGGAAUAUAAGUUGAAAAGAUUAAAAUCGACAAUAAUAUUUUUAAGCGAAAGAAAAUUAACAUCGGAUGAAAUAUUCAACGAGGAAAUAAAUAAAAUAAAUAAUAAUCCAUUAUGGAAUCCAACGGGUAAAAACAUAAUAAUGAUAAAUUUACUUAAAUUUAACGUAAACGAAGAAGAACUUUCGAGAAAGAUAAUCGAUAAGUUAUGGAAAUUGACAAAAUCAACGAAUAAUUUAAUCGGGAUAAUGAAUAAAAGGAAUCAAGUUAAUUUUUACACUUGGUUCCCGUACAAACAACCGGAUUGUUUAAAAGUAAACAUAAUCCAACAUUUGGACACGUACGAAAAUGAUAAAUUCAAAUAUGGCGAUAAAAAUUUAUUCCCGGAAAAAUUAUCAUCGGGAAAUUUAAACGGUUGCGAAAUAAUUGCGGCAACUGAUGCGUGCAUACCCUACGUUUUCCCGAGGGACGAACCCGAUUUUCGUAAAAAAGGUAUCGAAAUGCUACUGAUAAACACUCUGUCGGAAAAAUUAAAUUUUAAACUUAACAUAAUGUCAUUUACCGAUACUGGAAAAACGAUAAUCAACGGUACUCCUGUUGGAAUUUUCGAAGAUCUUCUGGAACAAAAAGUCGACGUCGCGUUUUCAUGUUUGUUACUCAAUCAGGAACGUUAUUUAUUGACUCAGGCACUACAACCUUAUUAUCACGAUUCACUUGUUUGGUUCGUACCUAGUCCCGAUAUAAAAACACACGCAUCGGAUUUAUUUAAAGUAUUUAAUUAUAAAGUUUGGUUGUUGAUUAUAUUCGUCAUGUUGUUUUCAUCCGUCUUUAUUGUUUUUCUCACGUCAUACGAAAACGGAAAUGAAAUCAUUCGUCGUCGUUUCCGGUGUUACUUAAGUGCAUUUUUCAAUAUAUUAAAAAUGUCUUUAUCCGUAUCGGUUAACAUCAAAACAAAAUUAUUCAAUUAUCGUUUAUUUAUAUUUUUCUUUUACGCUUAUUCAAUAUACAUAUCGUUUUAUUUCGAAGGUUCACUUUUUGAUCUUUUCAAAAGGCCGAAUUUGGGUCAUUUUUAUUCGUCUAUUGAAAAAGCAGCCGAUGACGAUGAAAUUUUCUUUUAUUUAUUUCGUUCCGCCGAAAAUUUUUACAAUCAAACAAAUUAUAAAGUUUGGAAAAAAAUAUUAAAACCCGAACGUUACACUUUGACCGAAGAUUUCGGGAGCGCGUUCAGGGAAAUCGCGUAUAAAAAAAAAUCAGUUGGAUUGUAUAUACGAGUCGUUGGAAUUUAUAUGGUUAUGGUCGCUUACAGGGAUAAAAAUAAUUUUCCGAAAAUAUUUUGGUUGAAAGAACAAUUUUCAAUGUAUCCCGUGACGAUGUAUUUAUCACCCGGUAAUCCCGUUUUCCCUUAUUUUCAAUUGUACAUUCAUAGAAUUCUCGCUGCAGGUUUACCCCAAUAUUGGAUACAGCAAACCCUUUAUAACGUGGGUUAUAAUUUUCGUAAAUUCGGGGAUUACGAUCAGGGUCCGUUAACAUGGAAACAUUUAAACGAAAACACAAAAUAUACGACGCACAAAACACACACGCGCACGCACAAAUUUAUAAGCAGAAGAAGCAUAUUUGAAUUUUAA